CGCUCGCCGUACUCUGCCGGGUUUCCCCAGCUGACCGCAUAGUGUAGUACACGUAGUCAGUGUGUGUUGGUUGUCUCAGCAGCCAGCACCGCACACACCGCCAACAUGGACCGGGAAGGGAUGAAGCACCGGGAGGGCCGCCCGGAGAUGAGCGGCUACAGCGUAUAUGAAGAAGAGAACGAGAGAUUAACCGAGAGCCUCCGGCUUAAAGCGAACGCCUUGAAGUCUCUUUCCAUUGAUAUUGGUUCAGAACUGAAAUACCACAAUAAAUUACUGGAUGAACUGGAUUCGGACUUUGACUCUACAGGCGGCUUUUUGGGCUCCACGAUGGGCCGACUAAAAUCCCUCUCCAGGGGCAGCCAGGCCAAACUCCUUUGCUACAUGAUGCUUUUUGCCCUCUUUGUCUUUUUUGUCAUUUAUUGGUUUGUAAAGCUCAGGUGAUUAUUAUGUUUUUUUGUUUUGUUUUUUAAUUAAAUAUUGUGAC